AUGGACAUAGCUGUCUUGCCAAACAACAAUCAUCCAGAGAAAUUCCUGCAGCUGGAUGUGGGAAUGUUGCCGGCUACACAUGGAAUGUUCCAGAUUGGUGCUGUGUUGUCUGGACAAAGACAGUGGCAGAACAAGAUGUACUCACAGGGAAGGGAGAAAGAAAUGGAAGGAAAGCUAUCAGCAGACAGUCAUGUGUUUGAAGACAGAGAGCUGGAGAAACACAUCACUCCUCAAACCCUGAAACCAAAGAUCAAGCAGAACCCUCUCUUCUCUCAUAUCAACAUCACUGACAUAGAGGAGAACAAGUCCAAGCCAUCCUGGACCAUUCAGGACUAUGACAGACACACUGCACAUGGUCAGCUGGCUGACUACAUGAAGGAGGACCCAAAAGAGCUGAGCUUCUGGCUGGAAGAUCUCUACACCCCUGGUUAUGAUUCACUGCUCAAGAAGAAAGCAGCUGAAAUGAAGAGGAACAAAAUUUGUAAAAUGCUUGCAGCCAUCAUUCUGUUAGUUUGUGUGGUUGUGAUUAUUAUUACAGUGCCAAUAGUGGUAACACGAUCAAGAGACUGAUGGAGCUAUGACAAGCGCUAAACCUGCCUCUAUUCCAACAAUCUGACAGUUCAGGUGAACAACAGCAAGCACUUCACAUCGUGUGCAUGUCCUAUAAUAUUGACGGGGGUGUCAGUAUGAUGACUGGUAUACUGUCUAAAUUGCAUUUUGUCUGUUGUGAUUAAACUUAAUCCACCAGGCUUGUGGUUCACUAAAAACGAAGGAAUAGCCACAUUGUUCUGUUUUGUUCUUACAACCAUUAUUAAUAUUUAGUUUUUUUUUUUAC